UAAAGGAACAUGAAAAAUUUAAAGUAUCGGUUUGUUUCUUUAUUUUAAUAUCCGCCUAUAAUACCUUAACGGUGGCGCCAUUUUGGUCCUUUUGCGAAUAAGGUAUAUUAACAUGAUGCGCCCGUUUGUGGAUUCGAAGGCAGACCAGGACAAAAAGCUAUUCAUUGGUGGCUUAAGUCCGAAAACUGAUGAGGAAUCACUCAAAAGUUAUUACAGUCAGUGGGGCGAAAUCAUUGAUGUCGUCGUCAUGAAGGAUCCUAAAUCCCAUAAAUCCCGAGGCUUCGGCUUUGUGACGUAUAAAGAUUCUUCUUCCGUUGAUGCUGCGCAAAACAAUCGCCCGCAUGCUGUAGAUGGGAAAGAGGUAGAUACCAAGCGUGCUAUGCCCAGAGAGGAAACAAGCCCAGAAGUUCAUGCUGCAGUUAAGAAAAUAUUUGUAGGUGCCUUGAAGAAAGAUGUGACAAAUGAUGAUCUAAGUGAAUACUUUUCUCAGUUUGGAACUGUUACUGAUGCACAGAUUGUUAUGGCUAAAGAUACAAAUACUUCCCGGGGGUUCGCCUUCGUUAGUUUUGAUGAUACAGACGCAGUAGACAAAAUUAUUUUAGCUCGACCACACAUUAUUAAAGAAUCCAAAGCAGAUGUACGUAAAGCACUCAGCAGAGAGGAAAUGAAUAAAAUGAGGUCGAAACCUCCACCUAUGAGAGUAGAUUAUAAUGGUGGUGGCUGGCACGACAAUACAAACGGUGGUUUCCAGCCCCAGCCAUGGGAUCAGGGCUAUAAUCAACCUUAUCCACAACAGCAACAACCCUACGCUUAUAACGGGUCAGGAUAUGGUUAUGGUGGUUACGAUGGAGGUUGCCCUUCAGGUGGUUGGCCUAAUAACGCUGAUGGGUUCGGUAAUUAUCAACAACAAGCCUAUGGUGGUGGUCCGAUGAGAGCGACACCUGCAAAUGCACAGUAUUCCCGUCCUGCCCCAUAUGCCGGAAACGGUUGGCAACAACGUUGAAGUUAAGUUUGUUAUUUCAAGACCAAACGCCUAGUGCAUUUUGACAACUUUUUAUCACUUGCUGUAAAAUAUACAAAUCAGUUAUUCUGCUAUUGCCUUGUACUCCCAGCCGCUUGACGCUAAUGUUGAGAAGCUAGUUAGGUCACUUGGAAAAAGAUUAGUUAUGGGACAUUUGCGACUCGUCUCAUCGAUUCACAGUUGCACUCAAUAUGGAGAAGAAGUUCCCGUGAGUCACCAUGGAGAACUGGACUGUGUUGCAGCAAGGAGGUUACAAUCAAUUCAAAGGUGGUCAGUAAACAAGACGGUGAGCUGGACUCCUUACUAUCUGGCUUAACGCGAGACGGGUACAAUCAAUUUUCACACCAACCGACGCAACUAAUGAAUUCGAUGGAUUUUCACAUAAUCUGUGUUUUGUUUAGGGAUAUUGGUGAAUAAAAGUUCUUUGUUUCUACCUAAAAGGAUUUUGUUUCAUAGUUUUUGAACAAUAUAACACAUGCAUUUUGAGAGAUUCAAAGCAUUCUUUUCUCUCUUAAAAGUAGUGUUUCUGUUAUUGUCAGACUACCGUUGGCAAUUUCAGUAAAUUCUGGUUUCGCACUGUCACAUUCAUUUGUGAA